AUGCCGUCCAACGACUCCAAGUACGAUGAGCUUCACAAGCAACUUUUCGAGGAAGGCUUGAAGAUGCGGCGGUCGGUGGUUGGCGACACAUAUGUCAACAGCGCUUUGGCCAAUGGUUCAACAGAAUUCUCUCGUGAGGGACAGGAGCUCGUCACCGAGUGGUGCUGGGGAUAUGCUUGGACACGCCCCGGUCUCGAGAAGAGAGACCGUUCGCUCCUCAACCUAGGAAUGCUCAUGGCGCUCAACCGAGCCCCUGAACUCGCCGUCCACGUUCGAGGUGCAAGGAACAACGGACUCAGUGAGCUGGAGAUCAGGGAGGCCAUCAUCCACGCCACAACAUACUGUGGAGUUCCUGCAGGUGUCGACGCAUUCAAGAUCGCGGAAAGAGUCUUCAAUGACAUGGCAGAGAAGGGAGAGAAACCGCGCGAGCUCGCCGCGAAGUCAUCCAAGGCGUGA